GUCAACACUGAGUUCAAGCAAUUUUACGCACCUUGAGCUGGGCGAGGACAACUGGUCGGUUUGCAUUGGUAUAAAAGCAGUCGGGGAAAGGUGAGCAGCUGAAAGCUUAUUAUUACUUACUACUUAUUUGGAAGAAUGGUUUAAAAUAUGUUUGAACACAGUAUUAAAACAUGGUAAAAAAAAAAAAAAAAAAUCUCUAUUUAGCCCACUCCUCAGUUUCAGAUUUUUGAAUUGAUGUUAAACGGCAGGAAAUGCACCCCACGCUGUUAAAUAGUGACUGAAAAUCCUCUCCAACACCACUUGGUAGAUAAUUGUGGGCUUAAUAUUGAAUUGGCUUAGCUAGAAAAUAAUUUCUGCAUUGACUACCUUGUGAAUAAGUUGAUGUUGUGGUUACAACAACCAGUGUCAUUUAAGACAAGCACAGACCGAUAGAACAGACAGAGCAUGCGCAAAAAUGGGCUUUUAUUUUGAAAACUGUAAUUCCGGAUUUUCAGGCAUUCAACACAGCCGAUUUAACACAGGUGUCAAGACGGGAGAGAAUUGCCUGUCGAUGCUGAGGACAAACUGAUGCAUUUAAAUGCAAAAGAAACGUAAUCUUUCACCGGAUAUCAUCUGUUUUAAAUUCAUGAUUAAUUAUUAAACCAACUUCACUGAUCAUGAGAGGAGAUACAUCUACGGAGAAUGGCAUGCAGGGGGGAAAUCACGAGGAGCAUACAGCGGCAACAGAAACUGCAUCGGGUGAAAGACGACCUAGUAUUGCUUCACUACAAAAUAUGCUGAAAAAAGUUUCACAAAGCCCUUUCCAUAAUCAAUACAAUACUCUUGCUUCAUCACCCUCUGACUCUAGUGGAUCAUCUGUGAACGAGUCUCGAAACAAACAGGAUGGUGAGUUCCCUGGUGAUCUCUCGGCUGCUGCUACAGAUGUGACAGAGAACCAGCAGCUACAGUUAGGACAGAAUGGUUUGAAGACAGAGGAUAAUCAUCUUCGUUCUACAGCACAGAAUGGAGUGAAUGGCAAUUUGGCCAGAAUGAACCCCUUUUAUGCGCAUUAUCUGGAAUCGAGUGGCAAACGUCAUGUCGUGGGAGCCAUAGGGAUGGAAACUUCAGAGGAAGCAGACCUCAAUACCAUUUUUGCCCCUCCAACUGAUUUUCAAAGCUCCCCUCUGGAUCUUCAGCCCAAAAUUAAGACUCUUGAAAAUGGAGACAAGUUUUCUGAACCUCAGAAGGACCUAUUCCAGACCCUUACCCACAACCAAAAGCAAGACCUCUUCCAUACAUCGACAUUGACCCAAAAUACAUCUGUCAAUGGUCAUUUUCAUCACGAAACCCUGAACUCACGAGACUUAUUUAAAGCAAAUCCCCCUCAAACACAGAACCUCUCCAACCUCCCCUUGCAGUCGAAAAACUCUGACCUCUUUAAAGGUGAAGUGCAAAAUCCUCUCCAGGCUGCUAAAGGAAAGGAUUUACUCCACACAGCUGAUGCUAAGGAAGUGAACCUCUUUGACAAAUCUCCCGGCAGUUUUGAGGACGCAUUCAAAUCUCCUUCAAACAAGGCAGAUGAUCUGUUCUGGUCUUCACAGCCAACGGUGGUGAAACCAUUUUAUACUUCUUCCACCAAUGAAGCCAAUUUGUUUCAAGCUGUUCCACCUAAAAGUGGGGAUCUCUUCCAUGUCAAGAAAAUCAAACAAGAUCCUUCUACAAAGGAGAAUGACCUUUUUGGCAUGUCCUCUCAGGAAAGUCGAGAUAUAUUUUCAUCUUCAUCCACAAGUUCAGUCGACCCAUUCCCAAGCCCAAUUACAAGGGAUUUAUUCCAAGACAUCUCCAGUUUGGAAGACCCGUUUGGUACUACUCCUUCAAAAUUAUACGACCCUUUCCAAGAUGUUUCAAACGGGACUCCAGACAUCUUCCAACCACUUCUCUCAAAGACUAACAGCAGGGAUAUAUUUGAGAUGACCCCCAGCAAUACUGCCUCUAAGCCUACAUACUCCAUGCCUUCACUCAAUGGUUCACCAGAACUCAAGAUGGACCUGCUAUCGUCGCGAGAUCUCCCUGAAGCAAAACCAUUAGAGUCUCUUCCAGCUGUCAAACCAAAGUCUUUCAACAGGCCACAUGAUAUUGUGUUGACAACUCCACAGGGAACCAAGCAUGAUAUUCUUCAACCAACUCCAUUCAGUCAGGCCGUCAAUCUAUCUGUGUCACCCAGCCAUUCUCCAGCUGAAAUGACUCAUGUGCCGACCUUCAAACGUCCACCAAAACCACUUCCGCGAACUCGACCGCCCAGGACAGAAAAGUCACUGAAACCAGAAAAGCCACCCACACCUGCAAAACCUAUUGAACCUGAAUCAAAUGUACCGAAAACGUCUAAUAACCCAAGUUUCGGAUCGCUCCCGAAACCAGUUAUUCACCGCAAACCAAAAACCCCAGAAAAUAAACCAGUGGACCCUGAGAACUAUGUUGUCUAUGAGGACGUCCUGCUCAUUGGACAGGAAAGGUGUGUGGAAGACUGGCCUGAGGACAGUCCUCAGCUUAACCCCGACUUCAAACCAUCUGGAAAAUUAAGACUACGGCGAGAGUCACUGAAGGCCAAGACGGACUCCGAUGGAGGAAGUGGUGAGGAUCAGGAUCCCUCUGGAAGUCAUAGCAAGAAAAAAGACAAGAAAUUCCGAAUGUCCUUUCUCUCCAGAAGAGGCUCAAAGGAUAAGUUUCCUGAUGACACGAAGGAGGGGAAAAGCAGUACACUACCUAUCCCUCGUAAAUCAUCACGGGAGUAUUUUUCAGAGUUGCACAUGGCUGCAGGAGAGAAUGAAGAUGGAGAGCAGAAUGAGAUGGACUACAAAAAGAAACCUCUGAAGACCAAAGUGAAACGGCUGCUUAGAAGAGCAUCCACUAAUUCCUCUGUGCCAGAGGGAAAGCACACGAAUGAAUCAAAGGAUGAUGAGAUCAAUAAGAAAAGCAAUGGCAAGAAAAACUCCAUCAUACGGCGAUGGUCAGAGGGGACAGUGCUGGAUGACAGCGCUGGUGAAGAGAAGGAUGGAGGGGUAGCCCAUCAUGAACAGAGGAGAAAAAGCAGGGUGAAAAUCCAGUUUGUGCCACACAGAGGAUUUGCCAUCACUGUAAAAAAGGCUGACGAUGAACUGAAGGGAGCGCACGGAUACACACCUCGUAAAGGCUCAAAGGAUAAAUCAUAUGAUGAGGUUUACGGUGCACAUGGCUACACGCCUCGUAAAACGUCUCAGGAUGAUGCUUUUGAGGAUGCAGAAGAGAUGAAAGGCCACGGUCUACAGUCAUCUAGCAAGGCUGCUUUUUGGGAUGACAAGCACUUACAGAAAACACACCAUUUUUCUGCUGGACUAAAUGAAGAUGAAGAUGCCUAUGGAAUGGAAGACUGCAAACCUAAGAAACCAACAAAGAUGAAAUUGCUGCACACAGGUCGACGAAGCUCUAAGGAGGACAUGCCAGAUCACACCAGGCCUCAGAAAAAGAAGAGCAGCUUCUCAGCAGAGGAGUUAGACGAUGAAGAACUAAAUUGGAUGAUGGACUGCAAACAGAAAUAUUCCAAACAGAAAGGUCCUAAUCCUGUCCCAUGCAAAUCUAAGAAAACCUACGAUCCAAUUGGACAGAGUGAACUGGUCGGAUUCAGCCACCACAUGUCUGUCGAGGCAUCCGGUGACGCCUUUGCUGAGGACGAAAUUACAGGAAAAGAUUUCUUGAGUCCAGAAGACAUCUAUGACAGUGAAGAAGAUGAACUGGAAACGUGCAAACCGCAAAAGACAUCAAAACUCAAAGGCUUCAAAAAAUACAAGUUUAAGAGCAAAGUCAUGCCUCCAGAGUGUGAAGACCCACCAGGAGCUACAUGUAGUGACUUCCUGUCGGAGGCUGCUAAGGCGGAGUGGCUGGCUGCUCAGCAGGAUGAGCGUGCUAUGGCUGGUUUGGAUGACGAAGAUGAGGACGGGGACACUGACAGUUUGAUGGAGUGGUGGUACACUGUGGAACAAUGGGAUGAGGUGCCAUCAGACGACGAGAGCAAAGUCAUACAAGAGGAUGAGUCCAAGUCAUUCACUAUCUUGGCGGACAAGGUUUACCACGGCCUUCGUGUCUUCAACAAGGUCUUCACAGAGCGAGCUGAGGUCCUCUGGCAGUCCAUCAUUACGCUCCACGCCAUCGCCGAUGACAUCAGCAACUUCCACCACAAAGCCAAGAUCGCCGGCAUCACUGGCGGCACCACCACCGCCGUGGGCGGUGUGGCAGCCAUUACUGGUCUGGCUCUGGCACCCUUCACCUUUGGUGCCUCUCUGGUAGUUACAGCUGUCGGUGUGGGUGUGGCGACAGCUGGCGGAAUCACUUCAGCCUCUGCGGCUAUCUCAGAUAACGUUAAUAACAUGCACGACCAGAAGAAGGUGGAGACAGUACUGAAGGAGUAUGAGUCUCACCUGCUGGACAUUGGGAAGGUCCUCCACUUUGUCAAUCAGGGCUUGUACAAACUUCGCGGCCACCCCUUCCUCAGGUCUGGCACCCAACACUACUCAGAGGACUGGGAGAUCCGCAGAGCCGUGCAGAUUAUCAGCUUAGUCGACCAUCCGGUGAUGCGAGCAACCGAGGUAACAGACGAAGCUUUAGCUUCAGUCCAACGACUCUUCAAAGGCAUAGACAAGUACUUCAUCAAGGAGUCCCGGGAGCUGAAGAAAAGCUGCAAGAAAGAGAUGGUGUGUCAAAUAAAGGAUGUGGCAAAUGGGCUGAAUGACACGAUAGUGGAACUCAACACCAUCAGAGAGGAGCUACAGGAUGCUACAGGAAACUUGUGAGCAACAUCCUGCAUGAUGCCACUUUGAGCACAGUUAUUUCUCAAAGUUCACCAACGCCCCCUCCUGGCUAAAUAAGGGAACUGUCGGUAUAGAGGAAUUCAUGUUACCAGGAAUUUCUUUUUAACAUUGCUGAAUACAGCAGACUCUGGAUAUGUACACAGCUGACAGUAUAUUCCAGUUGACUGCAAUAAUGUGAAGCUUAUAACGGUCACUUUUGUUGUGAUAUUGGCAGAGAGGUGUUAAUUCAACUCUGAGGCUGAGGAUUUUUUUUUUUUGUUGUAUUUGUAUUAUAUUGUAAAAUGUUUAACAGGGAGACUUUAAUUGGUGCACUGUGUGUAUAUUGUUCUGUGGUAAAUGGGUGUGUAUAUGAGGUGUAGCAGAAUAUAGCAUUGUGGUCACAGAUGGGUACAUUUUUAAAUGACUACCAGUUUAAUUUGUCCACCUGUUGUAUGCACAUGAUGAGCACAAAGUUGUAAACAUCACCUUCCAAUACAGUGCAGUCCCACAGAGCACAAAACCACAAAUCCAUGACUGAGUUUCACAACACUUUUCUGACACAGUCUCGACAAAAUUUAUAAAAAUUCACAAAGGUAGUAUUUAUUUUAUGGCUAAUGUAUUAAGUAGUAUUAUUAUAUUCAAUCCAUAUAUUGGAUAUCAGUUUGGAAAAAAAAAAGCCUUUGCAAGACUUAAGUAUGUUGCUAAAAUCGCCAUCUUGAUAAAAUGUUAUUUGUUAAAUAAAGUAACUGUAGUUAGUUUAUGACUGGACUAUGGGGAUAAAUAAUAAAUCAUAUUUUAAGUGUUUCUUCUUCAAAGAGAAAGUGUGACAUUGCCCGAUAUAAAAAUAAAAUUAAUGUUGCAUAUAAGGUAAUUUAUUUUUAGCACAUCACUGUAUGGCAUUACUUCCCUACGCUAAUGAUUUUUUUAAUGUUGGUGUGCAAGGGGUGGACAAUAUAACAAAUAUUUUUUUUACAGCCCUAUAGUCCUGCAGUAACAAUUGUUAAAGCUCGUUAGGUUUUCUUACUGACUGUGUCAGUGUUGAAUAAACUUGUUGGCCACUGUUGAAGCUGUAGUUUGUAGUUUGCUGGCACAUUAGCCAAGGUUUCAAUAAUUUGUUACACCUUUUUGUUGCAGGUCUAUUGGUAACAUAUUUCUGUAUUUAAAGGAACAUGUCACCAUCUAAAAUUACUGCACAAAAAAAAAAAUCACACUGGCUGUCAUUUUUAUAUUGGUUUAUGGAGACCAGCUGUGCACAGUUUAGCUGUAUGCAGAAUCCAAUUUAUUUUUCCACUAUCUAGUUUCUAUAGAAAAACUGGGAGACACUUUUGGUCAUAUCAUGUGACCUGCAAGUGAAUGUGUUUAAAAUGUAUUAUUAUUAUUAUUAUAUGUGUAAAUGCUGUCACAAUAUGCCUGCCUUAAUUACUUUAACCUGUAUGUGCCUUCAUGAAGUUUUUAUUUAACUGUCAAAGAAAAGCUAACUAUUCAUAUGUUGAUAUGUUGUGAAUCCAGAAAGAUUUCUAUCCCUGUAUAUGUUGAUUGGCAAAUAGUCAAUGACCACGUCUUUGUUUUGUCUGUGUAUCAUACUGUCGGUGCAUGUAAAAGCUUUGAUACUCUUUUUUGGUAUAUGAUAUUUUAUCUUAACUUCAGUGUUGUAUUAUGUUUAUCCUACAAUUCACACUAUCCAGAUAUUUUAUAUUUUAUGGAAGCAAGUAACAACUGCAAUAAUGGGAAUCAUAUAAGCAACUGUGAAAUUGAAUUAUUAAAUAAAUAAUACUGAAAUUUAAAUACUAAUAUUUCACUUUGAAAAUCAUCUAUCUGAAUCUGUUAUGUAGACUGAUCCCUUUUUGAAUGUCCAGAAGUAUGUCUAUGGAUUCACAAAUUCAAUUAAAGUCAAGAUUAAUACCCAA